CAUUCAUUAUUCAACUCUAUGACAUAGCUUUUUUCGGAAUAUUAUCAAACACCUUCCCCUGUCUCAACUGAAAUCGCACCUACUCAUUCAAGUCAAAACUAUAAGUCGCCAACUACACAUAGCGACUUAAGUUCAAAGCAUGGGAUUGAACGAAACCCGACACUUCACCUCCGCAAUCAAUGAUAACCAUCGUCUUCCUCAAUUCUCAACUUUCCACUUUCCACACAGAUUAGUGGCAAAAUAAUUAACGAAACAAAAAUGGCAAGCCCAUCCGCCCAGACCCGAGAACCCAACCCGGGAAAUCCGGGUCUAGACCACCUCCCUUCCGCCCUAAUCGCCACCAUCAUGACCAAACUCGACGUCCCCUCCAUCCUAUCACUCGCCUCCACGUGUAUGACCUUCCGCUCCUGCGCCGCUCACAUCUUAUCUUUUAUCCCCAAUUUCCAUCUCCUCGAUAUCGCGCCGUCCAUGGAUUUAUUGAGGCCGUUACUGCCUCCUGACAACCCCUACUUGAGGAGCCUGAAGCUGGAUUGCACGCGCCUAGAUGAUUCUUCUUUAGAUUUUCUCCUUCGCCCCUCUUUGCAAGAGCUGUGCCUCCGCAAUUGUGCAGAUUUUAGCGGCAAGCUUCUGUCUAAGCUUGGACACAGUUGCAAAGACCUCAGGUUUCUGUACUUGAGUUCUGUAGCAGAGAAAAGGGGACGAUCAGUUGAUGUAUUACAUCUAGAGGAAUUGCUCAGUGGUUGUUCUCACCUGGAAACACUGAUCCUGAUGUUUGAUGUCUCCAUAUUUCUGCGUCAUAAUUUUGCUCGUGUUUGGUCUCUGGCCUCAUCGAAACUCAUUUCUCUUGAAAUCGGAUAUAUUUCUUCAGUAAUGGUUACUGAACUGCUUAGCCCUGCCGUGGGACCUCAUCAAUCAUCAAAUCAUCCCCGGCCAUCCAUAUUGCCAAAUAUACAGAAAUUAUGCCUUUCAGUGGACUAUAUUACCGACACCAUGGUGAGCACAAUAUCUAAAUGUCUUACCUCCUUGACCCACCUAGAUCUUCGAGAUUCGCCUAUAAUGGAACCAAGAAUGGCAUUUGAUCUCACCAACAAUGGUCUUCAACAAAUUAAUGCCCAUGGCAAACUGAAACAUCUCUGUCUGGUAAGAAGCCAGGAGAUAGCUCCUACAUACUUCAAGCGAGUCAACGAUCUUGGAAUCCUUCUCAUGGCUGAUAAAUGCUCGGCAAUGGAAAGUAUUUGUCUUGGUGGCUUUUGCCAGGUGACGGACACAGGUUAUAAAACAAUUUUGCAUUCCUGUUCCAAGUUAUAUAAGCUCAGGGUAUUUCAUGGGACUCAUUUAACUGACCUCGUUUUUCAUGACAUUGCUGCGACAUCCCUUUCACUGACACAUGUUAGCCUAAGGUGGUGUAAUCUUUUAACAAACUUGGCUGUUUCACGCUUGACAUCCAAUAGAGAUCUUUGCAUGCUCGACUUGAGGGAUUGUAGAAACCUUGGUGAUGAAGCUCUUCGAGCUAUAAAUACACUUCCUAAGUUGAAAACUCUACUUAUGGAUGGUUGUGAUAUAAGUGAUGUGGGAUUGUCCUACUUAAGCAAGGGCUUGACGAAUACCCUUGCUUCAUUGUCUGUGAGAGGAUGCAAGAGACUUACAGACAGAUGCAUUUCUUUCUUGUUUGAUGGCAAUUCCAACCGAGAAUUACGAGAACUAGACCUGUCAAAUCUUCCGAACCUCUCUGAUGCUGGUGUGCUUUUGCUGGCAAAAAGUCGCAUCGCAAUAGCUGAGCUGCGUCUGCGACAAUGUCCUCUAAUUGGUGAUACUUCUGUCAUGGCAUUAGCCUCUAUGCAGGUUGACGAGAACAUGUGUCGGGGCAGUAGCUUGAGGUUGUUAGAUCUCUACAACUGUGGAGGCAUUACUCAACUUGCAUUUCGGUGGUUAAAGAAGCCUUAUUUCCCAAGAUUGAGAUGGUUGGGAGUGACGGGAUCUGUGAACAGAGAUAUAGUGGAUGCUUUAACAAGAAGUAGACCACAUCUACAUGUUGCUACUCGUGGCGAGGAAUUAGGGACAGACCAGUGGGAUAAUUUGGAUGACUUUUAUGCGCAGGAUUAUGAGGAAGUUGAUGAACUUGAGCAGUGGCUUCUUGGAGAGGAAGACAUGAGUGAUGAUGAGAUGGAAGAUGCUCUCGACAUGGCAGAGCUAUUCGAAUGAUCAGGGGCAAGUCUUCUUCCCUUCAUAUGAAGUAAUUAAUACCAAAGGUGAUGUUUCAUGUACUUGGUGAUGGUGGUGGUGUCUUGUAGAUAAAUGUGUGUAACUUAAUCCGUGUGGUGAUGAUUGGGAUCCUGAUAUGUGAGACUUGGAUCUGGUUUGUGUAUAUAGAGUGAUGUAUAUGGUGGUAUGAAAUGUAUUUGUACGUAGUAGUUGUCUCCUGUGACAUGUGGGGUGAUUCCCUUUUGAUGAAAGGUGUUUCUAAUUCA